GCUCCUCCUGUGCUAUGGCCCUGGGGAUAUGUCAGAAGUAAGGUUGUUCACUGUCCUCUUAGAGCGUUGACUGAUGCCCGGGAGGCGGGCUCCGUGGAGGAGUCACUUAAUCUCAGUCUUGGGAAGUGUCUGAGGGCGCACACGCGGGACGUGUGGGGCGUACAUCACAAAGCAAGCCGCCGCGGGCUGGAAAGGGGUGCAGGGGUCAGACAGUUGGAGCCUGGGAGCUGAAGGCUGAGGAGUUGUUGGGCACUGAAGAGUGGGGCAGAGAGCCACUUUAGGCAAAGAGGACUGAUUGUGCGAAGACCCAAAGGUGAGAAAUUGACCUUGGGAUGUCUCUGGCAGAUGAGCUUUUGGCUGACCUUGAGGAGGCAGCUGAAGAGGAGGAAGGAGGAAGCUUUGGAGAGGAGGAAGAGGAGCCAGCGAUUGAGGAUGUACAGGAGGAGACACAGCUGGAUCUCUCUGGGGAUUCAGUCAAGAGUAUCGCCAAGCUGUGGGAUAGCAAGAUGUUUGCUGAGAUCAUGAUGAAGAUUGAGGAGUACAUCAGCAAGCAAGCCAAAGCUUCAGAAGUGAUGGGGCCGGUGGAGGCAGCCCCCGAGUACCGUGUCAUUGUGGACGCCAACAACCUGACUGUGGAGAUCGAAAAUGAGCUGAACAUCAUCCAUAAGUUCAUCCGGGACAAGUACUCGAAGAGGUUCCCCGAGCUGGAGUCCUUGGUCCCCAACGCACUGGACUACAUCCGCACGGUCAAGGAGCUGGGCAACAGCCUGGACAAGUGCAAGAACAACGAGAACCUGCAGCAGAUCCUCACCAACGCCACCAUCAUGGUGGUCAGCGUCACGGCCUCCACCACCCAGGGGCAGCAGCUGUCGGAGGAGGAGCUGGAGCGGCUGGAGGAGGCCUGCGACAUGGCCCUGGAGCUGAACGCGUCCAAGCACCGCAUCUACGAGUACGUGGAGUCCCGCAUGUCCUUCAUCGCCCCCAGCCUGUCCAUCAUCGUGGGCGCCUCCACGGCAGCCAAGAUCAUGGGUGUGGCCGGCGGCCUGACCAACCUCUCCAAGAUGCCCGCCUGCAACAUCAUGCUGCUCGGGGCCCAGCGCAAGACACUGUCCGGCUUCUCAUCUACCUCCGUGCUGCCCCACACUGGCUACAUCUACCACAGCGACAUCGUGCAGUCCCUGCCCCCGGAUCUGCGGCGGAAGGCGGCCCGGCUGGUGGCCGCCAAAUGCACACUGGCCGCCCGCGUGGACAGUUUCCACGAGAGCUCGGAGGGGAAGGUGGGCUAUGAACUGAAGGACGAGAUCGAGCGCAAAUUUGACAAGUGGCAGGAGCCGCCGCCUGUGAAGCAGGUGAAGCCCCUGCCCGCACCCCUGGAUGGGCAGCGGAAGAAGCGAGGGGGCCGCAGGUACCGCAAGAUGAAGGAGCGGCUGGGACUGACAGAGAUCCGGAAGCAGGCCAACCGCAUGAGCUUCGGAGAGAUCGAGGAGGACGCCUACCAGGAGGACCUGGGCUUCAGCCUGGGCCACCUCGGCAAGUCGGGCAGUGGGCGCGUGCGCCAGACACAGGUGAACGACGCCACCAAGGCCAGGAUCUCCAAGACGCUGCAGCGGACCCUGCAGAAGCAGAGCGUGGUGUAUGGCGGGAAGUCCACCAUCCGCGACCGCUCCUCGGGCACCGCCUCCAGCGUGGCUUUCACCCCCCUCCAGGGUCUGGAGAUCGUGAACCCACAGGCAGCGGAGAAGAAGGUGGCCGAGGCCAACCAGAAGUAUUUCUCCAGCAUGGCCGAGUUCCUCAAGGUCAAGAGCGAGAAGAGCGGCAUCACGUCCACCUGAGGCAGCGCGUCCUGGGUCCGCCCUGCCGGGGACUGUACCCGGAUCAGGAGGUUCCGGCAGAGAGCCGCCCGCCGCCCGCCUCACAGGCGCCCAGGACUGAGCCCGGCCCUGGGCAGAGCCGGUCUCUUUGGCGAGGCUUUUUAUUUUACCUGGGAAAGGAGAUGCUUUUUGUGGAAAGAGUACAAUUAAAAGCACAGCAUCGAGG